GCACUUGAUGGUGUCUCAAAGCAAUAUCGAUACGAGUUUAAAACUCAAUCAUUAACACGUGCAGAUUGUGGAUAACAGAUCACGCUGAUUGGAAAAAAUCAGUUGGGUACCAUAAGACGCAAAUCAAGUGUUGAUAUUGUAUUUAUCCCAUCAAUGGUAUUAAUAACGACAGUGUACAUGAAUAAUUCGAGUUGUGUUUAUACCACCUGGCGAAGAGAAGACACUGGAAUUUACACUAUAACUUAUCAUUUGCAAUUCAAUAACCAAGAAAAAAUUUACAGCACCCUAAAUACUUAUCUGAAGGUUUGUAAUUUACGCAACCCUACAGUUGUUACCAUUUGGGCGUCAUACAAGGGAAGGUUGGGAAGAAAUAGUUCCAUUAGUAUUACUCUACCCUUAAUGAAAACCACCACGACAACCAACACUACAAGAACCGCUACAAAAAGACGCAUUGCAUCUGACUCUAAUAUGCACAGUGUGAAAGGUAAAUCAUUUAAGUCUAGUUAUGUUCAAGUUCGUGAAAAUAAAUCAUUAUCAGCUACUUUUACUAAUUCGAGGUACAGAUUAAUGUUAAGAAAUAUCCGGUACAAUGAAAGUUUCACGUUUCAACUGUAUGUAAUUUAUGGUGCAGGUGAUCAUUUGAAUAGCAGUCGUUUUAACAUUCAGGUCGCUGUAAAAGGUACUCCAAAAAUUUGCGGCGUAAGAUUAAAAUCUAAUUACACUGUUGUUGAAAAUUCCACCAUCACGUUCACACAAGAUGUAUGUGCGCACCCUAAACCUGUGGCAGAAUGGAAACUAGACCGGGAAAAAUUAUACAAGAAACCAUCGAAUACAAGUUUAAUAAACACGGAACAAAGAAAGUACAGAUUUACUUAUCAAACACGAAAGUUGACACGCAAUGAUUGUGGAGCAAAAUUUAUUCUGAAGGCAACUAAUGCGAUGGGAAGUGUUGAAGAGACUGUAAAAGUAGAUGUUAUUUUUAAACCCCCUGCAGUUUUUAUUAAAUCAAUAUCUCGACACAAUGCUAGCUGCGUUAAGAUUCUCUGGCAAAGAGAAAAAAUGGGAAAUUGUAUUCUAAGUUAUCAAUUGCAGUUCGAUGGUAACAGUGAAAUUUUCUUCACCUCAAAUACAUAUUUUACCAUGUGCACUCAACUGAAUAUCACCAGCGUCGGUAUUUGGGCAACCCACAAAGGAGAAAUUGGGGAUAUAACAGUCGAUAGAAUUAGUCCUGCGACGCCAGCACCAGAAACAAAAGAAAUAAGUGCAGACGAAUCUAAGCUCACAAUAAAACUCAUAGUUAUCCUAGUUAUCGGGUCAUUCGUCUUUACAGUGAUAUUAAAUGUCAUCUUUUUUGGCAUUUUGCUACGCAAAGGUUUCGUCAUCUUGAAUUUUAAAACAAAGAAACAACAUCAAAACGUGGCAAACAAAAAUGCUGAAGAAUAUGAAGUUAUGGGAACAACAAUAUCUAAUUAUACAGAUAUAAAUUUGCACGCAAUAAAACCGAGUGUAUAUGCUGAUUUGAAAACAACGACUGAUGAUUCUAAUCAAUAUGCCGAAAUUGGGCUGAACGAUGUGAAAUGAAAUAUACACGCUAAUAUUUUAAAUGAACAUUAUGUAAAAAAAAAACAUUUGAUUUGAUUGUACAGUUUAGGAUUGACUUUAAAAGUUAACUUUU